UUGUUGUCUGGUCACCCUAGUUCUGCUGCGCCUAGUAUUUUGUAGUCCUCGGUGUCCACCUCCUCUGGCUUGUAUGGUGGAGUUGGGGCUGGUUGGAGCAUGUUGUCUGAAUGGUUACGUGGCUUUCCCUGGAGAUUUACCAAAGGUGACGCUUCCUAUUCCAGGAUCAUCCUGGCCCUCAAAAGGGGGGACUCAGAAAGAAGCUGAUUUCAUUCAAGGAAAUUUGGAAAGUUCCAGGGACCUCUGCAAGCUGCUACAAAAAUGCAGGGGUUUUCAAGCAGCUGCCGGUUGGCCCUGGUGAAGAGGGGCUAGAAUUGUAAAGAGAGGAGCUGUGUGACAUUAGCUGAAAUUAACUCCCACUUGUUUUUCCACUAGCCUGCGACUCAUGCUAAACCCCCCUCCCUCCUAACCAGCUUUUAACUGCUCUAGUUAAGAAAACUUAACUUUUCUAUUACUGCACAUUUGUCUCCUUUACCCAGGUGCUUAAUUACCAUUGUCCCAGCGAAAUGUCAGCAUGAGUCAGAGACAGUCUCCCAUUAGGAAGAGACAGAUGAAUAUUAAUUACACUUACUGGUGAGUGGGUUUUCUUUUUUGUCAUUUCCCUGACUCCGCUGAGGACCCGGUAGCUACAUGUUCCCUGGCCUGAGCAGCUGAGCUGGCACCAGAUGGUCAGUGAACGGACAGCGUUUGUGGGAGAUGGAAGGGAACCCAGCAAUGCGAGACGAGAGGAGACUCAACACUAGCUACAGCAGAGGCUGAAGAUGAGAGAGAGAGAAUCUGCAACAUAAAUUGAGAGUAAUAAUAAACUCCAUCUGCUGUAGGAACAGAAGCAAUUUAACUUUCCCCUCUAGCCAAAGGAAACAAACUCUUAUUAAGAAAUCUUAUUACCAAGUACUUUCAUCUUUGGGUGAAUAACCCAAGCCUGGUGCUUGGUCUCCCAAAGCAGGUUUUUCUAUGGUGCAACUGAACUGGAUCAAAGCAAAACAACUGCAUGGACUUUCAGGUGUCCUUUGGGGGCUGAAUUCCGUCUGACGUCCAGGAUUCUCUGUGUCUACACCAUCAGUCAUGGCACUGGAGUCUCUGAAGAUAAGCAGGGUUAAUGGGGAGCAGGCAGCUCUUUUCUCCCUCUGGUCCUUGUUUGUGAAUUCCACACAGCAUGCGUACGUUCAAUAUGUCAUACGUUCGGGGACAGAUUUUUUUUUUAAAAAACCCUGGCUUCUAGCUUUGCACUUGCAGUUGUGUGGGCACAACAGAUGUCAGAUCAGUGUUUGAUUAAGUGGUGCGUUACAGUCAGGUAAUGAUGUAUCUGACAGCCAUUUCAGCUCUCACAAUAGUUGGAGCGUGGAAGGCUGAGGUAGGUUCCGUUUCCAAUCAGGCUUCACAGCUCUGCAUUUCACGUCCCCAGCUGCAGAGGCACUGUUAUGGGAACGCGGCUGAUGGCAUUUACAGGUGAUCAGACACUAACAUGACAUCUAAUGGGUCCAUAUAAUUACAGGUUAAAAAAAGGGAGGCCGGGUUUUAAACAUCUAGGGUCUUAACUUGGGAGAAUAAGUUGCUAGAAAUGACAGUUUUCUGUAUAUGGAGAAUGUUUUCCAGUAUUAAGCAUUAUGCCCACAUAGAGCCUUACCCCAAACCCACUGAAGUUAAUGGGAGACUUUGGCUUGCCCUCAGUGGCCUUUGAGUCAUACCGGCAAGGGUUAAAUCUCUCUGAGGAUAACUAUGAUCUUAACCAGCUAGACCAGGGGUGUUUGUGGUUUGCAGCUGCUUUUUACUACACUGGUGCCUGAGUCCAUGUGUGCAAAGCCAAGCAGAAGAAUGGGCUGAGUUCAGAUGGUGCCUCCAGCCCUUGGUAGCAUGCCCUCCCAUGACAAGUCUCUUCUCUAUUAACGCCAGCACACGUUAGUCAGUCAGAUGUGACUUCGGGGAGGUUGGGGAACUUCUCUUUCAAACUCCAUGGCCAGAGCUGUCAAAGGGAGAGUGGUGGUUGUCUUUCCAGUGGAUAAAUGAAACCCCGUCAUCUGUCCCUGAGGACCGUUUUUGGAAAUGCACAAUGCUUCGUAAGAACUCUUUACAGAGUAUUGAUGUGAGGGCACCAGCCUUCUGUGACUGGAAGCAUCUUAUGGAAAGGUAGAAAUUGCUGCUGCCCCUCCAUUUCCACUCUUGGUCUGGUGAGCAAAGGUCCUGAACACACAAGUCCUGUCUCAAAGUGCAAGUGUCCCAUGGCCUUCCCCUUCCUCAUGCCACCUUUGGAAUAACCAUAGUCACACUGAAUUCUCUUGGAAUUCAGUGGCUAGUAACAUAGGUGAAAUUUACCCCUGUGCAAAGGGUCAGCAGAAGAUCCCAUGCUCCAACUCCAGCAGAACUUAGGUGGUACGUGGGCUUUGUGUCGAUCCUCUGGACAGGAGUGAUUUUCACCCCGUGUGAUUACCCAGGUGCUCCAUGUAACCUGCCCUGAAUUGGGGCUGGAUUUUCAGAGGGGCUGCAAGCUGUGCAUCUGCACAAUUAGCAUGAGCAAAGGUCACAUGUAAACAACAGUUGGGUUAUGGUGCACCUAACAAGCUGACAUCUGUGCACAAAUUCCCAUCUUUAUGUGCAAAUGUGGAGUUUGAGUAUGCAAUAGGCUUGGCCAGUCAUUUUGUGCACGUCCCAGUAAGAAGCUCUCGGAAAGGAUUGGGAUUUAAAGUCCUUUUAUUAAAAGCUGAAUGUUUCUCGUAUCUCAUGGGCACCUUUCCAUCCCGACCAAGUGGCCUCCGGAGGCUUUUGUAGAGAACUAAGAUUUACCUGCUAAUUCAAUCCAGCUCUUUAUUCACCGGAAGGAACUUCAAGUAUCCAGCAAGCCAAUUUUCAAGCUAAGGGGAAGGGAGGGUUGCUGGGAAACAUCCCUCUGGAGAGAGAGAUGGUAAAAAUAGUACGUUCUUCAGAUCCCGGAUUAUCACUAAUAUUUGAAAGGCAUCAUGUGCAGUAACCAUGUCAGAGCCUCUCUCGUUUUUAAGGCAUAAACGUUACGGGGAGGGGAGGGGAGAGGAGAGAUUUUUCUGUUUGUGCCCAGGCGUCCAUGCUGUUACAAAGAAGAUGCAGAAUCAUAACUUCUUGAGCAUCACCCCAGUCAGGCGCCUCCUGCUCUCUGGUCCCUGCUGGUUUCUUUCCUUUGAGACUUACUGGGAAGAAAGAGAGGGAAAGUUGGUAAUUAUCAAUAGCUCGAUGUGCAGGGAAAGAGGAGGUGGAGUGUGUGGCAGGGGGAAAGUACAACUAACCCCUGGCUGUGAAUAAAAACCAGCAUUUCAAUAGCAAGCGCAGGUGGAAGCUUUAGAACAAGUGAAGAGGCUUGUUCCGUAUACAGCGUUGGAAGGUCAAGGCAAGGGACCACUGGAUAUACAAAACAGGGAGGGAGGAGAGAAUUGAAGCAACCGAGGAGAGCCCCGGUGGCUGCUGAAUCCCUUUGCCUUCAGACACACUAGUCCCUGGCUGGCUCCUCUCCGGCUGGCUCUUUUUUGAGAAGCAGCAGCUGGAGAACAUCGGUGUCUCGGCAUAGUCGCCAGUAGAGCUCUGGGAGCUUGACUCCAUCUCAAAGACGUUACCGAGCCGACGAAGGCUUUCUGACAGUUGGAAAACAGGAAGUGCCCACUGCGCAGAAUGGAGUGGCAAGUUCUGCUGUUGGCUCUUUGCAUGGGUUUGGCUCAUUCGGCCUCUGCAGACUGUGCAGCCCAGUGCUCCGUGUGUGCCGUGCAGACCCAGGAUUUGGAGAAGCCCAUAAGUCCCCUGAUCUGUUCGCUGGAGUGUCAGGGCUCCUUGCUGUCCCGCACGGAGUGGGAGAGGUGCCAGACCGCUCUGGAUCUCCUCGCCCCGCUGAUGGCAGUGGUGGAGGGCCAGGGCCUGUCCCCUCUGGAGGCUGAGGCGAAGGCAGAGCCAAAAGGGAGCCCCAUCCCCGGCGAGCUCCCCAGCGGCCUGGUCAAACGGUACGGUGGCUUCAUGAAGAAACUGGACAAGAACAAGAUUUUCUCCCUCUUGCGUGAGAACGCCCACAGCAAAGGCAGCAUGACUAAGAAGUACGGUGGCUUCUUCCGCAAGCCGGGGGAGAGGGCGGCCUCUGAGGUGGUGGAGGACUACCCAGAGCUGGAGGCCGAGGAGACAGGCGACCACGGGGAAGAACCUGAGGAAGGAAACCUCAAGGACGAGAUGAAGCGCUACGGGGGCUUUCUCCGCAAGUACCCCAAGCGGAGCUCGGCGCUGGCGUCCGAGGGGGAGGGCCAGGAGCUGGAGGACCUGCACAAGCGCUAUGGGGGCUUCAUGCGCAGGAUCCGCCCCAAGCUCAAAUGGGACAAUCAGAAGCGCUACGGGGGCUUCCUGCGGCGCCAGUUCAAAGUGACGACGAGGUCGGAUGAGGACCCCAACGCCUACUCGGGGGAGGUCUUGGACCUAUAGAACCCCCCUGACAGUCGGAAUACUUCCAGUAUGGACUGCAUCGCUCCUCCCGCCCCACAUCACCCUCCUGUGCUCAGCCAAGCAUCCCAGGCAUCACACACCGACCCAGGCGCACCACCCCGCUGCUACUUCCCUGAAGAGCCAGAUGUUUCGAGCCAGGCAGGGAUUGCCACUGGCAACGUUCCUCCUCCAUUUCUGUCUCUGUCAACUCCGGGACUUGGACCUGCUGCCGUUUCCAGCACCGAACCGAUCAGGCCAGCUAGGGGGUUAGUUCAGCUGUAUCGAAAGCAGGUUACUUUAAUUCAGUCUCAGACGACUGACUAUCGACCCUCCCUGUGAUCCUUAGCGAUGAGCCCAACUCACCCUCCAGUCGGAAUACCCCAAACGCUGGGGAAGUUCAGCUCUGGAGCCAAACUCGGUGGCUGGCCCCUUUGGUCCGUCAUGGACCAACCUAGAGCUCAAGAUCCAAAGGCCUCCCAGCUUUGGGGGAGUUUGGCUCUAGCUCCAAAUCGGAACCAUCCAGCUGUAGUUCUUUGCGGUGGAAACCCAUUUUCAAAGGUCCCCGGCGCCGGCACCAGGUGCUGCCGGGCAUUUCCAAUUUAAAUAUUCGAAUGGAAACAGAGGCAUCUGUUACUUGCCUUCUAGUCUAUCCAUUCAGACGCCUCUGCUCAGAACAGCCAGUGUGUCCCAGAGGGACCUGUGUUUGUCCGGGAGGGCAUCUUGCCUGGAGAGCAAGGUGGGCUUGCCCUAUAGAACCCUGACUUGCUUCAUUAUAUUCCAGCUAAAUCCCAGCUGUGAUCCUUUCUAAUACACACGAGAGAGGCACACUUCUAAUGAAGCGAUGAAAUCACAAUAGUGUCGCACUUCUGAAGGCACCUGAGUCAGCCUCUCGUUUGUCACCUGGGGAUUCACGCACACAGUCAUUAAGGGAGCCGAGUGAAUGGAGGUAUUGUGCUGCCAGAUUUGCUGGCACAGUCCGAUUGUUUGUGCCUUGGAGUGAUUGUGUGCACAGAAUUGCAGGUGCAAAUAAUUAGGAGCACGGACUGACACUAGCUGUCCCCAUUCUCGCUCUGCUCACAGGGGAUCGCUCCCACACACAAUGGCAGAAAUCAAUGAGGAGCCAUUUCUGAAAGUUUGGCUCAUCAUGUAGUUCUCAUUGCAACCAUCAGUGUUCUCCCCCGUCCCCCAGCUAGUGCUGAAUUGCAACAGGCCAACAAAAAUACCCUGAGACAGAGGCAGGAACGGGCGGGGCUUGGCACACUGUUUCCUUUUCCAACCAUGGGCAAAAUUGGGAAAUUAAACUAGAGGAAAGCUCUGAAAAGGAAUGUAGAUGAGGUCUGGACUCUGCCUGAGACGCAUUGUUUGGCUAAGCACAGGCCUCCAUCGGCCCUCACCUGCUCCCUUGUGCUGUUCUGAAAUGUACAGAUUGUUUCGGAGUCUGGUUACUUUCCGUUAUUACGUUUACAAGAAGAAAUAAAGUUUGGUCUGUCUUGAGAUGGGUCACGUUCACCCUCUUCCUUUUCUGUAUGGUAAAUAAAAAGAUGUUAAUGA